CAUGCAGUAGAGCAGCAGAUUGCUCUCGUAGCUAGUUCUCGCGUUAAUUGCGUGAUCCCACUACGGAGUCGAAUAUUGGUGCGUCUAUGAGGGAGCAAUCGGCCCUUUGGGUGAGAGUAUCUGCAAUUCGAGAGAAAGACAUCGUCUACGAAAAUGACCAGAGGAAACCAGCGUGAGCUUGCACGAGCGAAGAAUGCCAAAAAGGGUGGCGACAAGGGCAAGAAGGCUGAAGACGGGUUGUCUGCCGCGGCCCGUAAGCAGAGGGAUGCUGAGAUAAUGCAGCAAAAGCAGAAGAAAGCAAACGAUCCCCCAGGUGCAAAGGCCCCUGAACCGGCUAAAUAAUGCCAAUAAGUCUGAGGCGACCCGCCCCCAGCCCCCAUGAACAGCCCAUGUUCAACUUUCUUCCUGAUGUGUAAGAGAAUAUUGGUCUAGAAUCAAAAAUCAACGAUCCUAACAUCGUCCCCCUCCCCGUGGCAGUUGACAUUGCUUGUUGCUUAUUGGAAGUGUAAUUUUUGUUCUGGUGAAAUAAAAGUCUGAGCAAGCAGACCAUCACCCCACCCUGAUAUCGCAUGUCUCGUUCAGGGAUGAUCCGUGCUGCAAUAGAACAAUUGUUAACAUUUACAUGUUGAUUGUGUAUUUUUAUAUCAAAAUGUCCCCUUAUAAGGAUCCAAAUAAAAAAAACUUUUUAGUUCA